AUGUCGUGGUCGGACGCGGACGCGGCCUUGUUCGCGGCCGUCCUAGGGCAGGACGCCGCGCACCACCUGGCUACCACGACGCAGCACCUCCACGAGACGGUGUCGUCGCCGGCCGAGCUCCAGGCGCGCUGCGCGCGCCUUCAAGACUUCGUCGAGCGGGGAGGAACCUGGACGUACGGUAUCUACUGGCAGGAGUCCCACGCCGGCGCCGGAACCCGUCCCGUCCUCGUCUGGGGUGACGGGCACUGCCGCGAUGCCGCCCCGCCGGACGCCGACCCUGCCGCCGCGGGCGCGCCCGAGGAAGCCGGCGCGGUGUACAAGAACCUGGCGCGCAAGCGCGUCCUGCUGCGGCUGCACGUGCUGUACGGCGGAGGGGAGGAGGACGACGACGCGCUCCGGCUGGACCGUGUCACUGGCGCCGAGAUGUACUUCCUCGCGUCCAUGUACUUCUCCUUCCCCGAGGACGGCGGCGGGCCGGGCCGUGCGAUGGCCUCCGGCCGCUACGCCUGGGUCUCCGUGGAUCCCCGGCGCCUACCCGGCUCCGCGCCCGCACCCGGGUGGUACGUCCGUGCUUCCCUCGCCCAGUCCGCCGGCCUCCGCACCGUCGUCUUCGUCCCGUGCAAGGGCGGCGUGUUCGAGCUCGGUUCCGUCGUGGACAUCCGCGAGAACCCCGACGUCGUGCGCGCCAUCCAAUCUGCCUUCCGCGUCAAGGCCGCAUCGUCAGACGAUCACUUGAGGAUCUUCGGAAAGGACCUCUCCCGCAGCGCCUCAAUGCCGUCGGUGAGAACCACGGGAUGCGAGGACACAUGCGCGCUGCGGCUCGGCGGGCAAGCCAUGGUGGAGGAGGCUCCGAAGGGCAUGAACUUCACCAAACCGGGCGUUGACGAGCGGAGACGGCUGAAGCGGGAGCGCAAGACACCGGAGGCGCCGCUGAACCAACAAGACGCGGAGCAGCAGCGGCGGCGGCGUGAUGAGCUCAACAAGCGGCUCUACGCGCUGCGCGCGGUGGUGCCCAAGGUCUCCAGGAUGGACAACUUCUCGCUGCUCAGCAACGCCGUCGCCUACAUCCAGGAGCUGGAGGCCCGUCUCAGGGGCGGCGGGGCGGGGCCGGCGCCGGCGCGGCAGUCCGUAGAGGUGAAGGCAAUGCAGGACAAGGUGGUGCUGCGCGUGACCACCCCCUUGGACGCGCACCCCAUCUCCGGGGCGUACAACGCUAUAAGGGACUCCCAGCUCAGCGUCGUGGCGGCGGACAUGGUGGUGGCGGAAGACACCGUCACCCAGACGCUCGUCGUACGGUCGGCGGGGCCUGAGCGGCUCACGGCCGACACCAUACUCGCCGCACUGUCACGUGGGAAGAUGAUGACCAAUUGA